GAACCUUGCAGCAAAUGGAAAACUUAAGCCAGAACAAUACGGCAAACGCCUGCUUUUGUGGCAAGUAAGCCGUUCAUUAUUAAGCAGAAAAAUUAUUUCGCUCCUGCUCAAUUAGGCAGGGGAGUUUCUGAUCAGCAGCGUCACAAUUUUCAGAAUACUUUUGAUCGCAGGUUUCCUCUUAUCCAGUAGAUUAGCACAGAAUGUUGCUUGUUCUUUGCUGUAAAGAAACAUCCGUAAUUAUCACCUUCGCUCACAACCGUGCUAAGCCUCGUGCGUCAUUCUGUGCUAAGUUUUAUCCACUUCCUGAGCACAUUGCUCUGGAAUGGUUUACAGGCAUUUGGUUUUUGAUUUUGACAAAGGUAUUCGAAUUAAGCCAAAAAUCCUGUGAGUUUCACUGAGGGUUUAACGUCUUCCUUAAAUGCAACAAAAAAAGUGGCAGAUCCUUAAACAGCUAACGCCAAUGUGAAAGCCGGAUACAAGGGAGAAUCAAUUGGUGAGACUAACGAAUUUUCUUCGCGCGACCUUCCUCGCUAAGAUUAUCCGCCGGUUGAUUCAGGUUAAGUCGCAGAGGGACUGUGCAUCUGCUAAACGAAAAGCACGCUGUGAGGAAGAGAAUCUCUUCGCGAAAGUUGCAUAAAUUUCCGUUUCAGGUUAGAGUUUGUUUUGAUUACCUGCUAUCCCGCUCCUGAUACCAAUACUCGCCCGAAUUUGUUUUGCAAAGAGAAGGUCCUUUGCCUCAAACGACUUAAAGCAUUGCGGUUUAGACCUGUUCUUCUUUGUCACCUGUGGCCUCGUGUGAAUCAGAAAGAAACGAAAGGAGGCCUCGCGUGUUCUCUAUUCAAUUAUUCAUUGACCAUAGAGAUAAAGAUCAGCGAUCGCCAUAUGGGAGAUAUUUAAUUUUAUAGAAAAACCUAAUUCUCGUUGGCUACUGAAAAUACUUGACACUUUUGAGGUUCUCUCAUGUACAGUGACGCUGGUAUCCUGAACACCAAGUAACGGAGAAGAAGAAAUACCGUUCACAACAAAUGGAUCAUUGAAACUUCAUGUUAAAUCUUCAAAACAACAUGUCUGGGAUAAAUUUAGAAAGAGGAGAAUCCUUUACAGUCAACAGAUGCACGUGUUUAUGUGUCAGUGCCAAGAAGGAUAGAAUGUGUGCGUUGACUAUUUUAGGAGCUUUUGAAAUAAUAAUAGCCGUAGCUUCAAUUGGUUUGGGAAAUUGGGCAGUUUUUGCUUAUCCAGGACAUAUACGAAAAACGGCCGCUUUUAACUUCUGGUCAGGAGGAGCCAUAAUACUAAGUGGCAUAUUAUCAGCAAGAGCAUGGCGGCAUGUGAAUAAAUUAUGGAUCACAACUACAGCGGUGGUGUCUUUUUUUACAACUCUUAUGUACAUGUCAAGUGGAUGUUGGAUGAUCAAAUUAUUAAUUCAAGAAACUGACAAAGACAGAAGUUCUAAAGCGUUCAUUUUCUAUGGCUUUAAUAUGACUGCAGCCGUACUUGGAUUUCUAUUCGCUGGCCUUGCAACUGCUGUAGCCUGGAGUGUGCGGGAACAACUGCCUACACGGAGGAGAGACCAGGCUGGCAAUCAGGUAGCACCAACAUCAGUGACAUCAUUCAGUAACGAGGAUUUUCGAAGAUCAAUGGCAGAGCUACAGGGCCCUCCUCCACCUUAUGAGCCUUAAGCGGAUAGAAAAGACUUGGCUUUCUGCUUUUGUAGCAUUUUGAAGAGGUUCACACCAGACUCCCAGAUUACACACUUCUUUAAUAAUGAGAACAUAUUUUAUAAAAAUAUCGACGCAUGUGAUUUCUAAGUUAAGUAAUAAAUCCAUGCUGAAAAACUACUAAUUAAAAUCAGGUCAGAUUUUCAUCAGUAAUUGCAUGCUACUGCAAAGUCUACCUUUUUUUCAUUUGCAUGGCGUCAGUUUAAGAAUAAAGAAUAACAAAUGUUUGAGAAUAUCUGGUAUUCUUAUAAAAAGGUGUGCAAUGGUCAAAGAAUAAAUGAGUUUGAGUCAAAAAAGAGCUUGAAGAGAUUCCAAACUUUGAAAUGAAAAUUCAGACAUUCAGAAACGUCCUAUCUUCCAUACUUCUCGCAUGGGUUUGCAUGCUCUCGACGAAAAUUGUGCUUCUUUUGUGAAACCGAGGUUUGAUACUGAAAAUGGUAUUAUUUGAACUGCUUGCUUCACUGUUCAGCUAAAUAUUUGUUAUAUAGUCUGUUUUAAAAGCUAAAUAGUUGAUUUUGUCUCCUUUUUUCUAAGCGUUUUCCUCCCUUCCCGUGUAAGGGUUUUGCUAUAGGCAUUCAGGUGUCUCCCAAGCAUUACAACGAAAAACAUUUUAACUUAGAUAAUAAUGUCAGGGCCGACAUGGGAAAAGGGCCCCAAAAUUUUUUCAAUGGCAAUUUCAAUCUUUUUCAUUUUAACAGUGUAUUUAAAGUUUUUUAUACUUAUCGUUCCUUUUUUCAUCUCAUUUCCUCGUCUAAAGAGCUGUGUGUCGUCGAUGUUCAGCCAUGUUCAAAAGACAAAAAUUCUUGAGAGGUGGUAAGAAUUAGUUUCAAAGUUAUCUCUUGUGAAGAUUAUCGUUCUUUGCUUUAUCUUUUCCUCAGAAAAAAGGUUUAGAGCACAGUCUACUGAUACUUUGUUCUGUCUUUACUGUAGUUUUUUAAAUAAAAAUGUAAAU